GAAGGAGAUGCGUUCUGUCUCCUAGAGAUGAACGUGCAAGAAGUGCAAAUUAAUCCCAGAACAACAGCAAAGGACCUUGUGAAGAUGCUGGAGGAAACAGAGCCAGAGAGGGAAAAUCACUUUCAUCUGGAGAAGCGCGUGCCAAAUGCAGGUCACCGCUGUUCCUAAAAAAAAGUUUUUGCCACUGAAUUCAUAUCCAAAGGAGACUUUGUUGUGGAGUACUGAGGUGAACUGCUUACACAACAGGAGAGCGAGGUCCGAGCUGAUCAGUACAAUGAUUCUGAAAAGGUGUUUAUUUUCACUGGAAAGGAAGAACAUGGUGCCCCGCAGCAAGUGGUGGAAGGUGAAUCCCUGGAGGUUGUCUGGGACGUUUUGACUGGGGGUUCUCAACUCCUCUUUGAGGAGGUGGGGUCCCCUAGUCUCGGCCCAGCAGCUUUCAGGGAGGAAGAAAUGGAGGGUGUUGGUGGCGAACCCAGGAUGCAGGGAACUCGGCCUAACACCAUACCUGCAUCCUGGGUUGGCGUAAUGGAGGAGGACAGGGGGACGUCAGAUGAGGGGAAGACGUCCCUGCCGGAUGUGAUGGACCAGGGGAGCAUCAGCCCUCAAAGUUGGAUGAGUGGGUUCCGGGAGCACCCGCGGGAACCCGGCCUAGAGUGCACAGAGUGUGUCUCGGGCCCCGACCUCUGACUUCCAUACGACUCUGGUUUCUCUUCAUUACGCACAAGCCUUUCGCCUUUUACUAAAGACUUCCGUGGAGAGGAAUACUUCCGAGUUCAAGGUGGUGGUUUUGGUGGAGGGCUACAGGUGCACCAGCACAGGGGAAACUCCAGAACUCCCUGAACACCCAGGGGUCCCUCACAGCAAUGUUCGAGGUGACCAAGCUGACGGACAAUAGCAUUAAAACCGUUAUUGUCCGUAUGUACAACGAAACCGUACAGCCGGAGGACGUUGCAGUAUGGCUGGACAGGUACUGCAACGUAAAGGGGCCCUUGAUCCAGGUAAAAGAUCUAGACGGGGGCCUGGAGGGUCACUGUCCAGCAAAGGGAGGACCCUGGGGGCUAUGGUGGGUUGAAAGCCAUCCCAUCCACCAUAGUCCUCGGAGAGAACAGGGGCCAUGUUCACUACCAGGACCAGCCCAAGCUGUGCCGUAAGUGUGGUGAACAUGGCCACCUGGCAGACGCCUGUCAAAAGGUGGUCUGCAUGAAGUGCCGGGAGGUGGGCCACCGCUACGAGGAAUGCACGAACGGAAGGUCGUGCAACCUCUGUGGCGAGCGGUCCCACCUCAUCCGCGACUGCCCCUCCUCCUGGGCCAAUAGGGCCAAGUUCGGAAGGAGGGAGUGGGCGGCCGCGGACCGGGCUUCGGAGCGCCGGAGGGCCGAAGCGGCAGUUGCCGAGGUGGUAGUGGAGGAGGUGGUAGUGGUGGUGGAGGAGGUAGUGGCGGAGCCGGUGGCUGUAGUGGAGGGCGCUGAAGGAGCAGUGGUGGAAGUAGUGGGAGGAGAGGACAAAACCCUCCCCACCCCAACCCCCCUGCCCCAGACUAAUGUGACCCCUGAAGGAGAAAGGGCCGAGAAAGACGGCUCUGGAGAGAUCUUUAGCGAAAGCUCCCCAAGUGGGUCAGACAUUAUAGGGACGGUGUCGGAAAGCACCAGGGAGACAGAGUCGGGAGACAUGGGAGAAGGGGGGGAGAUUCUGGAGGAACACCUCCCCCCACGUAAAAGAAAUGCGGAGGAGCUCUCCGACCCCGAACAGGGCGAGGAGAAAAAAGGGAAGGUGGAAUGGGAGAGCUCCCAGGGGGAGGAAGAAAUUAGAACCUUCCCCUCCAACUCCCCCAAUCAAGUCUCCUUUUUAAACCCAGUUUUAACCUCCUCUCCCUUCCCCCACCCUUUACCCCGGAGGGAGAGAGAGAAAUCACCAGAGAAAUAACCCCCCUUUUAACUGUUCAAAGCCUUUCUUUCGGCACUGUUUUUACUCACCCCUUUUAUGGCUUUUAAAAUCACCACAAUAAAUGUAAGGAGCGUAAAAACAGAAAUGAGAGCACAGUCGGUUUUAUCCUUUUUAGAAAGGUUUAACUCAGAUGUGUUUUUAUUACAGGAGUGUGGUCUACCCUUUUUAUCCUCUUACAGCAAAUGGGAGGAUAAGUGGCAGCACGGGCCCUCCCUUUGGAGUGGCUCAAAUUUUAACAAGAACGACGGUGUUGCCAUUUUAAUCAAGACCCCACAGGUGGUGGUGAAGGGGAGCACGGUGGUGGUAGGUGGGCGUGCUCUUUUAGCCAAUUGUACUUUUAUGGGGAGGGAUUUUAACGUGCUAAACGUAUAUGGUUUUAAUGAUAAACAUGACCGGUGCGCACUUUUAGAGGACCUGCAGUCCCACAUGCUAGGGAGGGAUCCUCUAGUGGUGGGUGGGGAUUUUAAUUGUGUUUUAAGUAGAGCAGACAGGAGAGGGGCAGGAGAGGAUUUUAAGGUAGACAGGUCAAGUGUUUUAUUGCAAGGGUUGUGCAGGGAUUUUAAACUGACGGACUGUUUUAAAACCCUGCAUCCAAGAGAGGAGGGCUUCACCUGGACCAGUGGUGACGGCACCAGAGCCUCUCGCAUUGACUAUCUGUUUACCCGGGACUG